CCUGAAGCCGCGGGGGCGCGCCCCAGCCGCCAUGUCGGAGGUGCGUGGAGAGCCGGGGUCCGGAGCUGAGGCCGGCGCCCGAUUCUUCUGCACCGCGGGUCGCGGCCUGGAGCCGUUCCUGAUGCGCGAGGUGCGGGCGCGGCUGGCGGCCACGGAGGUUGAAUAUAUUUCAGGAAAGGUUUUUUUCACCACCUGUUCUGAUUUGAAUAUGUUGAAGAAAUUAAAAUCUGCCGAAAGAUUAUUUUUGCUGAUUAAAAAGCAGUUUCCACUUAUUUCUUCUGUAAGUAAAGGAAAACUACUUAACGAAAUGCAAAGACUUAUAAAUGAAGAUCCAGGAAGUUGGUUGAAUGCCAUUUCAAUCUGGAAAAAUCUUCUUGAACUUGAUGCAAAAAAGGAAAAACUUUCUCAGAGAGAUGAUAACCAACUAAAAAGAAAAGUGGGAGAAAAUGAAAUCAUCAUUGCAAAGAAAUUAAAAAUAGAACAAAUGCAAAAGAUAGAAGAGAAUAGGGACUGCCAGCUGGAAAAACAAAUAGAAGAAGAAACUCUGGAGCAAAGAGAUUUUACCACUAAAAGUGAAAACUUUCAAGAAGAAGAAUUUCGGAAUGACAUAGAGAAAGCAAUUGAUACUCAUAAUCAGAAGGACUUGACUUUCAGAGUAUCUUGUCGCUGCAGUGGAACUAUUGGAAAGGCCUUCACUGCACAGGAGGUAGGAAGAGUAAUUGGAAUUGCUAUUAUGAAACACUUUGGAUGGAAAGCAGAUUUGAGGAAUCCAAAAUUAGAGAUCUUUAUACAUCUAAAUGACGUUUACUCUGUGGUGGGGAUUCCUGUGUUCAGGGUUCCUUUAGCCAGCAGAGCUUACAUCAAGACAACUGGACUGCGAUCUACCAUAGCGUGGGCAAUGGCAUCUCUCGCUGACAUUAAGGCUGGUGCAUUUGUUUUAGAUCCAAUGUGCGGACUUGGAACAAUACUUUUGGAAGCUGCUAAAGAAUGGCCAGAUGUGUAUUAUGUAGGUGCUGAUGUCAGCGACUCACAGUUACUAGGUACUUGGGACAAUCUGAAAGCUGCAGGCCUUGAGGAUAAAAUCGAAUUACUUAAAGUCUCUGUUAUAGAAUGUUUGAUCUCACUAACAAGAAAAAUCAAAUGAAAAGGAGGAAUUUGGCAUGACGGAGGAGAGAGGAGAACCGCUUGUCUGCUGUAUCCAGGCCCUAAGAAAGGAUGGGAUCCAGUGCCUGAGCGGCUGAGCAUGCACUUCUAGGAGCAGGGGAAGGCAGAGGGAGGAGAAUGGACCUUAAAACAGGUCACAUGUUAUAAUGUUUAUUACAGUUUUUUCAACUCUACGCAUUUGAUAGGUUUGCUUAAAUUUACCUUUCUUUACUACUGAGAGAAACUUUUUCAUGUUAAUGUCAUUUGUAGAUGAUUCUUCUGUGAAUUGUUUUUAGGAUAACUUUCUGAAGGAAAGAAUAAAACAUCUGUUUCAGGUUAUUUCAGCAUCACAACCUCUUUAAGUUUCGGUCUAGGAGGAACUAUAUGUCUUGCUAAUACAGGGGCCAAUUUUAACUAAUAAUUAGCCCUUUAUAGCACCUACUUUAGAGGUAGACAUUCAGGCUAGAUAAAAGCAUUUAUUUUCUUCAUUAAUUUGGUUUUUAAGAGCUCUAAUUAUAAAUACAAUUUAGAGUGUUGAAAUCUACGAAUCCCUUAAGGGAUCUCAUGCCUUUUUACUGUAGGAAUUAAGAACACUUAGUGACUUUAAGAGUCACACCAAGUAUAAAUCCUAGCUCCACCAUCAUUUUUCCACUGUGUGGCCUUCAGCAGAAAAACUGGACCUCUCUUUAUUUUCUCAUCUAUAAUGUGAAGAUUAUAAUGCCACUGCAUAAAGCUGUGAUGAGGAUUUAUUACAUAAACACACAGAGUACAGUGUCUAACGCACAGCAUGAAUUAGUAAGACAUCUGUAAGCAUUGGUAUGUUGGUAUAUCUAGGAAGUUAGUAAUAUUCAUUCCCAUUAUGACUUACAUUUCUGCAAAAUCACAAUCUUCAGCUUCUGUGUGCUUUAAUGACUUUUAUUUUUUCUACCUUUUUAAUAAGCAUUCACUUUGUUUUAUAACCCUCAACUAAUAUAAAAAGAAAUGAUCUUAGCCGGGUGCAGUGGCUUUAUGCCUGUAAUCCCAACACUUUGGAAGACUGAG